UGUGUGUGUGUGUGUGUGUGUGUGUGUGUGUGUGUGUGUGUGUGUGUGUGUGUGCGUGUGUGUGUGUUGUAGACCGACAGAUGAGGGGACGUCGGUCGGGGUCUGGGUCCUUAGACCAAAGUUGAAGUUUGGAGAAGGAACCCUGAGAAUGAGUUCUUUGUAGACGGUGGUUGAGAUCGGGUGUAGUGAGGAAGGCGUGGCGUGUGGAACAGGUGUGGCUGCGGAGGUAUGGGCGGAGGAAGAGAACACACCGGUGCAGCAGCAUUGAAGUGCGGUGACACAUCAGAAAAGUUCCCAGACAACAACACCUCAUUCCUUCCAGACGCCUCCGCCUGACAGAGGUAAAUCUCUCCUGAGGACAAGAUUUUGUCUUUGGUCUGGCUGAACGCCGACAUGGCCGCCAACUGCGUGCUGACCGAGGACCAGUUCCUGUGCGGCAUCUGCCUGGACGUCUUCAUCCAGCCGGUGACGCUUCCGUGCGGACACAACUUCUGCAAAGGCUGCAUCGACCUGCACUGGACCAUCCAAGGCAAGAACGACUGUCCCACGUGCAAGGUGGUCUUCCCCCAAAAACUGGAGCUGCACAUCAACAUCUUCAUCGCCAAGAUGGCCCAACAGUACAAAAAGUCCACACGGGUCGGCGCUCCGAGCGUCAGGCCGCGCGGAAGCGUCAUGUGCGACGUCUGCGUGGUGAACAAAGCGCCGGCGUUAAAGUCCUGCCUGGUGUGCGUGGCGUCCUAUUGCCAGGAGCACCUGGAGCCGCACUUGACGGCGUUGCAGCUUAAACGGCACCAGCUGACCGAGCCGGUCCAGAACCUGGAAGGCCGAAUGUGCGGGUUACACGACAAACCUCUGGAGCUCUUCUGCCGGAGCGACCAGACCUGUGUGUGCAUGAUGUGCUCGCUUCUGGAACAUAAGCAUCAUCAGGUGGUUCCGCUCAAGGAAGAGUGUGACAAGAAGAAGUCGGAGCUGUGGAAGACGGAGGCGGAGCUCGAGCGCUCUGUGGAAAUGAGGCGCAAAAAGGUAGAGGAGUUCAGACGCAUCGUCAAGUUGAACCGGGACGCCGCAGACAAAGAGCUGGCCCAGGGAAACGACUUCUUCCGUUUUUUGACGCAGUCUGUGGAAAAGGCUCAGGAUGAGCUUGUCCGGAACAUCGAGGCGAAGCAGAGAAGUAUUGAGCAUGAAGCCAACGCUCUGGUCCAAGAGCUGGAGAAGGAAGUCAGCCAGCUGACCAAGAGACAGUCCGAGGUGCGGCAGCUGUCACAUGCUCAAGAUCAGCUUCAGUUCCUGCAGAGCAUACGCCCGCAACCCUCGCUACGCACCAAAGACUGGACCAAGGUCCAAGUCAGUGCUGAGCCCUUCGAAGGCACAUUGAAGACCACCGUGCAGCAGCUGGAGGAGAAGCUCAGUAAACAACUGAAGAGGGUGAUGCGGUCCGCCGAGAUGAAGCACAUGCACCAGUUCGCCGUAGACAUUACGCUAGACCCGGAAACGGCGCAUCCCGCACUCAUCCUGUCCUACGACAAGAGGCAGGUCUAUCACGGAUCCGUGGACAGAGAUCUACCCAACAACUCCAAGAGAUUCAAUCCGAGCUGCUGCGUACUCGGAAAGCAGUGCUUCUCUUCGGGAAAGUUCUACUUCGAGGUCCACGUGGAGGGCAAGACCCGAUGGACAGUGGGCGUGGCCAAAGCAUCCAUCAAGAGGAAGGGCGUUAUCGCCAUCAGUCCGGAAAACGGCCACUGGGCCAUCUGGCUGAAAAACGGCAGCGAGUACGCGGCGCUGGAAGGUUCUCCUCGUCUUCUGGCAAUGAAGACCAAGCCCAAGCGUGUGGGAGUCUUCGUGGACUACGACCUGGGUCGGGUCUGCUUUUACGACGUCAACACCGGCGUUCUUAUUCACUCCUUUGUCGACUGCUACUUCUCUGAAGACAUCCAGCCGCUCCUCAGCCCCGGACUCAACCACGACAAGUUGAACUCUGCGCCGCUGAUACUCGGGUUGGCCAAUCACUGACAAGAACUCUAGCUUCAAGGGGCGGGGCAACAUGGUGAUUGGCUCGCUUGUUCUUGACCGCUUUCCUGUUUGUUGCAGGCCUCAAACUAUGGAACUUUCAACAAAACACAAGUACGAGUACUUUUUAAAAUCUUUCAUCUGGUUUUCUUGGCUUUAAUCAGCAACACUAUAUCUUCACGUUAGGCCUGUCCGAUGUUUUUUGUUGUUGGAUCUUUUUAUAAAUCCUUGUAUUGUUUGAUUUCAGUCAUUUUCCUGAACUUGCACAGCACUUUGGGGACACUUGAAAUGUUGUAUCUAGAAGUGCUGGGUAAAUAAACUGAGACCAUGCGAUGUCACAGUAGCUCCUUUUACUUUAUUUCUGCUAUUAUUCUCAACUUUUCCUGCUUUUUUUUUUAUCACUUAUCUUUUCCAUAAACCACUAAUUAUGAUUCUUGGGCGCUUUUGUGUGUUUUUGUUACUUUUUCUUUUCAGGCCAUUUUGUGUUUGGCUUUGAUCAGUUGAGAAGCCGGCCCUUGGUUUACCGAGCAAAGAGCUGUUUGAGCUCGCCUUGCCAGCGCUCUGGGGAUCGCGGCCGGACUUUACCGUGGAACUACGGAAAAAGCGGCGGGGAUGCCGUGCCGGCACAAAGAUGAAAGAGCAGAGAAGGAAAUGUACAGCAAGGCUGCAUUCCUGCUGUCCUCAGAAUAGUUUCCCUUGUGGAUCAAUAAAGAUUCCCUAAGUCUAA